AUGGACCCUAAGCUGCUCAUGUGCCCUGCGAGUUUUGCGUGCUAUCUCAUUUACAAGCGUUUCGAACCUAAUACUAUCUCGAUCCAUGCCACUCUGCUGUUCGGUGUGCCCGCCCUGCUGGUCGGCCGACUCAGCCCCCAGCUGUCGUUCCUUCAGCAAGCCAAUGCUAUUGUAUCUUAUUGGGGCCUUGUCCUUGCAUUCACGGCCAUCUACCGUCUUUCGCACUUCCAUCCUCUGGCGAAGUACCCGGGGCCGAUCCUUGGGAGGCUCAGCAACAUUUACGUGGCAUAUCUCACUGGACGCGGAGAUCUCCAUCGAGUAAUCAGGGACUGGCAUGACCGUUAUGGUGAUGUGGUCCGCGUCGGCCCCAACGAGCUUUCCUUCCGCAACCCUGAUGCCCUUCAACCAAUCUAUGGCGCCAAGAGUAUGCAAAAGGGUCCAUACUACGACACCCGGACAACUCCUGAGAAUAUCACUACGAUAGACGGCCUUCGCGACUUCUUCGUUCACGGCGCGCGUCGUAAGCCGUGGGUGAGGGCAAUGAACAGCUCGGCCCUGAAAGGAUACGAGCCUAUUGUUCAGAUGAAGACGCUGGAACUGGUGGAGGCGCUGUCGAAAAGGCAGAAGGAGACAAUCGACAUUUCGCAUUGGAUGGGUCUUUUUGGUUUCGAUAUCAUAGGACAUGUGGCGUUUGGGCACGAGUUCGGUUUGAUCAAGGCUGGUGGAGACCAUGAUGGUCUCAAGCACCAAGUAGAGGGUGGAAUAUACGCCGGUGCUAUCAUCUCUCGAACUCCCUGGAUCCUGCCACUCCUUAAGCAAAUUCCGCCUGCGAUGGAGGGUUUAAAGGUCAUGCGGCAAUUGGGUGUUACACUCACUCAAGAGAGGACAAAAAGAGGCUCGACGUCGAAGGAUUUGAUCUAUUUCUUGACGGAGGACGAAAACGCAGCGGAAAGCCGUGUCACGCUGGAUGAGAUCAUUGCCGACGGCCUGAUUGCGCUUGUUGCGGGCUCAGACUCCUCGGCCGCCGUGCUCAGCCAUUUCUGCUACUUCAUGCUGCGCCACCCAGAAUGCGCCGAGCAGCUGCACAAGGAGAUCGACGCGACCUUCCCGCCGGGCGAGGACCCGCUGGACUUUUCGCGCCACGCGGACAUGCCCUACCUGAACGCCUGCAUCAACGAGACGCUACGCCUGCUGCCAGGAGUCCUCGGUGGCCUCCAGCGCGCCGUAAAGCGCGGAUCCGGCGACGCAACCGUCGGCCCUUAUGUUGUGCCCGAGGGCACCCAGGUCUCCGUGCACACGUUCUCGCUGCACCGCGACCCGCGUGAGUUCGCGCCGCUACCCGACCACUUCUGGCCGGACCGCUGGCUCGCGCAGGACACCUACGUCCUACCGUCGGGCGCCACCGUCGACAAGGCGCACGUCACCACGAACCGCACCGCGUUCAUCCCGUUCUCCGUCGGCCCGCAGAACUGUGCGGGCAAGGCUCUCGCGAUGGUUGAGAUGCGCGCGGUCGUGUGCGCGGUGAUGCACAAGUUCGAGCUGCGCAAGGCGGAGGGGUACGAUUUGGACCUGUGGGAGAAGGAUGUGAUGGAUGUGUAUCUCACGAUAAGGGGGAAGCUCCCUGUGAUCCUUGAACAAAGGCAGGGGCGUUAGGAGGCUUGGUCUCUUGUUUGGAAGCUUUGCUUUGCUAAUGCAUGCCGUCGGGUACUAGUGUCAAAGACAGAUGCUUUGCUUGAGCAACGCGGUACGUGAUCAGUGGCUAAACUGCGCUGGUUUAGCAUGUAGGAGCUCAGCUUAUGAAUUCCGCUAUUCAAGAGGCGAUUUGGUGAAACUUAGGAAUACAGUUGUGAAUGC